CAACAGCGUCUGGCCGCAGUCGCCUUUGUUGUUCAAAAUGGCGUUUACAGACGACUUGCUGUUAAGAGUGUAGCAAAUAUAUUUUCUGACCGUUUUCAAGCUUUAUCCUCGUGAGGUCCUUGGCUGAGUGGAAGCCUCUCAGUCCAAUAAUGAUCAUGUCAGACAUGGCAGGUCCUGGACUUCAGGUAUUGUGAUAAAAACAGUGCCUACCAUUAUGGCAGAUUAUUCUUCACCACCACUUCAGGAUGGAGGAGAAUUGGGACAGAUGGCAUCAACAACCUCAGCUUCAGGCCGCUUGCUGCAAAGUGACUGCAAUGUGCCAGAUUCACUGGUAUCAGCAGCCUCACCUUCAGGCCACUUGUUGCAAAUGGAGUGCAAAGGGCCAGAUCCACUUGUAUCAGCAGCCACACAUUCAGGUCAUAUAUUGCAAACAGAGUGCAGAGUGGCAGAUCCACUUGUAUCAGCAGCCACACCUUCAGGCCACUUGUUGCACAUGGAGUGCGAUGUGCCGGAUCCACUUGUGUCAGCAACCUCUCCUUCAGGCCACUUGUUACAAAUGGAGUGUGAUGUUCCAGAUCCACUUGUAUCGCCAACCUCACCUGCAGACCAUGUGUUGCAAACAGAGUGCAAAGUUCCAGAUCCGCUUGUAUCCGCAGCCUCACCUUCAGGGCACUUACUGCAGCUGGAGUGCAAUGUGCCAGAUCCACUUGUAUCAGCAGCCUCAUCUUCAGGCCACUUGUUGCAAAUGGAAUGCGACAUGCCAGAUCCACUUGUAUCAGCAGCCUCACCUUCAGCUCACUUGUUGCAAAUGGAGUGCAGUGUGCCAGAUCCUGUGGUAUCCUGUCAUGAGUUUCCAAAUCAAGGACCAGCACUGCCAAAAGACUUGCAGGAGCAAGGACCAGUGCUCCCCAAAGACCUUGGAGAGCAAGAGGAGCAAACACUGCCAAAAGGUAAACCGAAACAUGGACCAACAUUAUCUCUUCAGACACCUGUUGCAAGUGCUAUUCAUACCAUGUCUCUUUUACAACCUGAUGAUCUCUUGGUGUCUGAAAUUUCCAGCAGACUUACAACUGAGGUAGCUUCAUUUGGUUUAGAAAGAACAUCUGUAGGUGAAGAUGCACAAGCUACCAAAUCCUUUCCUUUGGAUGAGGCCUUGGGAAAGGCUUCAGACCCUCUUGAACUGCAUUUACCUUUGACUUCAGAUACUUCUGAAAAAACAUUUGUUGGUAGUGAAUUAUGCAAGAAAAUUCUGUCUUCUGUGACUGAAACAUCAGAGGUGCCAGGUAGAUCUUCAGCAGAGACUGAUAAGUCAACAGAUCCUAUAGCAGCCACAACUGAAAAACUGGGUUCUGUUGUUGGUGCUACUUCACAUGAAAAGUCGAUUGGAAUUGCAGGCAGUGAAUUGUCAGUUAGUGUGGCAAAGUGUGUAAGUGUAGUUUCAGCUCAAACUGAUAAACCACUUGUUGGAGCUAAAUCAUCUGAAGAGUAUCCAUCAGACAGUUCCUUACUCUCAGAACAAACACCAUCUAAUGUGGUGGGCCAAUUGCAGAAAUCAUCUGCAAUUGAUUGGGUCUCAACUCAGCCAUGUCUCACAUUAGAUACUGUUGAAGAUUCUCAUUUAUUAAAACCCUUCUCUCUAUCAGAAGAUGAAUUAGUUUCGCCUCUAGAUUCAAUGAAAAAGUCAACAUCACAGCCUGUUGCAUCAUCAGACCAAUCAACACUGCCCCCUGUCUCAAAAGAUGUUAUAUCCCCUCUUCCUUCAACCAAAAAUUCUUCAUCUGUUAUUACUGUUGACAAAAAGUUGCCAUGUUCUUCAAGUCAGUCUUCAGAAAAUGAUAAAAGCACAUCUGUGUUACCUUUGCAGAAGGAUGAAUUGCCUCCAGGUGUUUCAGGCUCAAGUGGCAGCCAGGAUAUCCAAGAGUGCUUCCAAGUUAGAAGCAAAAGUCAUGAUAACACAUGUGACACAGAGAAUGGUUGUGAAUUAAAUUUAGGAGCAGAUGUCAGCUCAGAAGAUAAGAUUGUAAGUGAAGGACUCUCAUGUAUGAACAGAAUGUCAGAGGAAUCAGAAGUUGUGAAUAGUGAACAAGAAAUGCAAGCUGAUGAACCAGGUGAAUGUUGGAAUGAUGUGGACUCUUCUCGAGAAGCUGCAGCCAGUGGUACACUGCCCUUAAUAGUUGAUACUCACACUUUAAGUCAAGCUGAUGAUGAACAUUCAUCUGUCAUUACAAACAGUGUAGCACAUAGUAAUUUAAUAUCUUCAUCAGUAUUAUCUUCUCCACAGUCAGGUGCUUCAAAUGUUGAUACUGUGCCAUUACUGGAAACAGAGCCUCUUCAGCCAGUUACUAUUGGCAGUAGCUUACAGCCUUUAGAAGAGGUUCAGGAAGCCUCUGUGCUGGAUGAUCCGUCCUUUGCAGCUGAUCUGGCUUUAAUAGACAGCAGUGCAGAUGAAGCAGACAGUAUUGGGGGUUUAGUGAUUAACAGUGUAAUUGGUGCAGCUGAUGGAGUAGUUGAUUUUCAUCCUGAUGAGGAAAUGGAAACAGACAGGGAGUUGACUGAUAUUAGUGCUUCUGCACCACAAAUAGUGGAAGGAAGCUGUGAUAAUGACUCUAGUGAUGAAACUGGACCUAGUGCCAAGAGGAUGAGAUUUGAAAAUGGAAUUAGUGAUUCGGAGGAUAAAGUGCAGGGUACAAAGAAAGUUAUUAUUAAAGUCACACCAGUGAAGAAUGGACAUGGACUUUGGGAUGCUCAUAAACUUCAAGAAAUAUUGCUAGCUAAGGGUACCAUUUUGUUACGACUCCAUGCAUCAACAGAUAGUUAUGAAAUGUUUGAACCUGAUAAGGAUGAGAAAGAGGUUGAUUUUACUGGCAUUAUAGCUGAGGCCAAAGAUGAAGAGCAUGACCAUAUUCUUGGUCUUGCUAACCUGGAGCCUGAUGCUGAUGUGUAUGAUCCUCUUGCAAUAGGUGCAACACAUGCUAGUGAGCAUGCCUCUCCACCGCAUUAUAACAGACCUUUCCCCCACUCUAGAGGUCGUUCCACUGCACUUCAGCCAGCUAUGUCAAGACCAGGAUUCAGGCACCUACAAUCUCCUCCACAUCCACACUACUAUAUGAAGCAUGAAGUCUUAGGUCUUCCACCACCUCUUGAAUUUGAAGAACCUCAGCUGGGAACAGCAGACUGGUCAGGCAUGGAUACCCCCAUCGUGGCGUCCCCUGAGCCCCAGGAUCCCCCAGACCCCCCCACGGUGGAGACGACUUCAUCUCCGUCACCCAAACCGGUACUGGUUCGGAAGAGGGUGAAGAAACCUGAUCGUGUGAUAAGACUGAAGAAGGUAUGUGAACAGUGUGGUAAGGCUUUUAACAAGUCAAGCAAAUACCUUCAGCAUCUACGCAUACACAGGCCAGUGCAACAGUGUGACAAAUGCAGCUUCAAGACAAAAGAUGUCAAGAGAUUUCGGAUGCAUGUGAUAUCACACAAGAAAGCAAAUCCUGAAGUGAGAUGCAAUAUUUGCAGUGAACUCUUUGCAACAGAUGUUACUCAGAGAAUCCACAAGAAAAAAAUUCACAAUGUCCAUGCCUGUAAAUAUUGUUAUACAGAUUAUGACUCUGAGAGUAAAUUAGUGAACCAUUUGAAACAGGAGCAUGGGCAUAUAAAAGAAAAAAAAGGUUAUGUUGAACCAGGAGAGGAUGAAUAUAUCAAGCCUAUCAAUAUUUUUUUGGAUCCUCCCCCAACUAAUGAAAAAAGACAAUUUGUGUGUCGCUUAUGUAAUAAGGAAACUAGGAACAAAUAUCAGCUCAAAAUACAUAUUGCCCAGCAUUUAGGGGUCUCCAGCAACAAAAUCAGUGAUGACUUCUUGUUAACACAAGAUAUUGACAACUUGAUAAGGGAAGGAGGAUUAUGUCCAUCUAUUAGUUCACAGGAUGUAAAGCUAGAAAAUCUUAUACCUAUCUGUUCAAUGGAAAUGUCUGCUAUUCAAAAGAAAUUGGAUGCAUCAUCUGAGGGUAACAGUAUACAGAGUUUGAAGUCAGCCAGCAAGAAAGAAAUCUCAACAUUAAAUUCAUACCAUUCAAUGAAACGAUCAGUUUCGUCCCCAUCUAUGCCUCCAGUAACAAAACCAUUUUCAGAUUCAUAUCCUGGUGACACACUACUUCCUGACAUUAAGAAAGAACCAAAGGAAGAGAGCUCGAAUGAACAAGAAUCAGAUAUGGACCAAGAAGGCUCUUUACAUGCAGAGGAUUGUGCAGUUUUCAGGUGUGGACUCUGUGACCUUAAUUUUUACACCCCAAAUGACUUGUAUCAUCAUGCUGUGAAUGUGCAUCAGAAUCCUAAACAAUCACAAUCAUUUAAACAAGUAAAUAUACCCAAACGUAUGAAGCCUUCUAUACCUUGUGAUUUAUGUGAUGCUAUGUGUAAAUCAACAAAAGCCUUGCGUGCACAUCAUAGGGUGAAACAUCGAAAGAUAUUUACUUGUCCAGCCUGUCAUGUCUCCCAUAAAUGUAUUAAUAAAUUGCUACGACAUCAGAAACAAAUCCAUAAAAACAAAAUUCGUUGUCGGUUCCAGUGUUCAGCACUAUUUGACACUGAGGCGGAAAAUAUUGCACAUUGUAAAGAAGUGCAUAAAAAGGUAGUUAAGAAACUAGAAUGCCCGUAUUGUGAAGUUGAGUACCAGUAUGAGGGUAAUUUAAUAAAUCAUCUUGAGAAGUGCAAAAAUUGUCCACCAGAAAGAAGACCGGUACAUGUGUGUGGUAAUUGUGAUGAAAUACUUGCAAAUAUUAAAAAAUACAAUGAGCAUAUUAAGAACUGUUUACUGAAAAGGAGAGACUUAAACAAAUGGAUAAAGCCAGAAAAAGAAACCCUGCCAAAAAACAAGGGAAAAUCAAGUAGUAGAGGUACAGUUGAUUAUAAGGAAUGUUUAGACACAAAUGAUAAUGGAAAAUCAAAAUUAUCAAAGAAGUACAAAAGAAGCUUGGAAGCUGAAGAACAAACUGAUACGGUCAAGUCAUCAAAGUGUAAAAUAGGUCCUCAAAAGUGUAAAUAUUGUCCAAAUAAGUUUGCUGAUAAGGAUGGUGCCAUAAAUCAUAUUUUAGCUGUGCAUAGGAAUAUAAUAACACGUAUGAUAACAGAGCCUCAAAUGUGUGAAGUGUGUGGUAUGAUAUUUAAGAACCCGUUGUGUUUAUGUAAGCAUAUUUCCAAACACUAUAGUGACCUGGGCAUGUGGGAUGUUCUUGUGCCUCCUGACAUUUUAGAUGUUGUUAAAGUGAGAAGUUAUUGUUGGGUCUGCAAAAGUACCCUAAAAGGAAAAAUGCUUCACCAUACUAAGAUGAGAAAUGAAAAUAUUGAUAAGUUGCUAGCGUCUGAAGGACUGGAUUUGCAAGAAACAGAACGAUUUCAUUGUUCUAAGUGUGAUCAACUUUUCCCUACACGAAGCGGAUUUUGGAAACAUGUAAAAGGACAUUUAUCAAAUCUUCCCAAAUGGUUACAUCAAAUAAGUGGACCUUCAUCCUCUGACAACUUAUCAGUUAAAGGUACCUAUGAGUGCAGUGAAUGUAGUCUAAAAUUUACUAAUAAUUCUGAAUUGUACCGACAUGUAGCCGUGCACUUCCUUGAACCAUACAGUGAUGAUGGGUAUGAAAUAGACAAUAUCAGGGAUGAGGAUGGAAAUAUCUUUGAACGAAUAGACAGUGGAAAUGAAGCAGCUGAUGAUGAGGAAGAGGAGGAGGAGGGUGAUAAUUUUGAUUUGGAAGGUUUUAUGAAUCCUGACGCAAAGUACAAGCUCUGUACGGCUCCCAACAGUAUGAUGUCCUACGAGCUACAGAACUUCCUCGAUUCCCCAACAGUAGAGCCUGUCCCCUUCCUUGGACAAAAUCUGCAACAACCUCAAGAGAGGGUGAAGGAUGCUUUGCAUAUGGUAAAGGUGGUUAAGGUAUGUGAAGAGUGUGGUAAAACAUUUGAAAGAACUUCAGAAUACUUGCAACAUAUAAACUUACACAAGCUACUGCAGCAAUGCGAGAAAUGCAACUUUAAAACCAAGGAUAAGGAGAGGUUCAAGUUGCAUAUGAUUUCUCAUGACUCUGAUAAUUUAAAGUUGAGAUGCAAUAUUUGUCAUGAACUCUUUGUCAGUCCCAUCUCUCAUAGAAUCCACAAGAGGAAAAUUCACAGUAUCUUUGAAUGUAAACAUUGUUCAGCUGACUUUAUGUCAGAUGUGAAAUGGAAAGAACAUAAAAAGAAAGGCCAUAAAAAGAUGAAGUUUGAUAUUACUAGUGAAGACAAAAAUGAAAACAGCAACUUGGUCAGCCUUGAAAAUCCUGUGCAUACAUUCUCAGAUAAAAUGCAACUAGUUUGUCGCCUUUGUAAUAAGGAAACCAGAAACAAGUACCAGUUAAAAAUCCACGUUGCACAACAUCUUGGGGUUUCUAGUGAUAAGAUUAGUGAUGAUGACCUUAUUGCAGAUAUUAAGCCAUUUUCUUGGGAAGGAGGACUGUUAUCCCCACCUGAAGAACCCCAAGAACAGAACAAUCAAUCUGUAGUAACCAAUAAGUCUAUGGAAUCUGUCCUUCAAAACUUGUUUCCAAGCGAGAAUAUUAAUGUCGCAGCCCCCCAGGAUGAAAAAUCUAUAGAUUCUUCCUUCUUUCCUUCAAGAAUUCAGUUCUGUGAUGUUCGUCCCAAAAAAGAAGACACAGUGUCACCAGAAAGUCCAAGAUCAACAGGAAAUAUCAAGACAGAUUCUUUACCAUCUACACUUUUACCACAGCCACCUGGUGAAACAGGCUCAGUGCAGACAAAAAUUAGUGAAGAGUCUGAGCACCAGUGCCAAGAUACUCCUCCAGCAUACAGGAAAAGGAGAGUAAAAUCACGUCGAAGAUUUAGGCCUUUGAUACCUUGCAAUCAUUGCUCAUCAGCGUUUACAACCAACACAGCUUUACGCAAUCAUAAGAAACGGAAACACAUGAAGAGGCCUCAAUGUCCAGCAUGUAAUAUGACUAAGACUAGCAGCAGAAAACUAUUUCAACACCAGAUUAAAGCCCACAGAAACAAAUUUAGAUGCCAUUUUUAUUGUCUUGCUUUAUUUGAUACACGUGAGGAACAGGCUGCCCACCACCUAGCGGUACAUAAAAGGGAUGACUCCAAACAUAUCUGUCGCUAUUGUAAAGAGGAAUAUCCUAGGGGAGCUUACAUCAAACAUCUGGAAGAAUGUAAAGAGGUUCCUGUUAACACUGAAAGUGUUUCGUGUAAUUUUUGUGAGAGUAGUUUUUGUACUGAUUGUGAAUUUACAGAUCAUACCAAACACUGUGGACCUUGGAAAUUAAAAAAUAAAGAGAAUAAUUCAGAUUUAGACUCUCCAGAGAAACUUUCAGUACAAACCUCUACUAAAGCGGAUACAAAUACACCAAGUGAAAUUAUAAAUCAGAAUGUUACACAAAGUCAUAAUAAAAGAAAAACAAGAAAGAAUGAUUAUAUGAAUAGAAAACCAAAACCAAAAGAGAGGGAAAAAAUAUUUAAAAUCCCUAUCAAUAAAGAAGAAGCACAAGAAUCACAAAAGAAACAUUUGGAUGCAAGCAGUCAUUCAGUGGAGAGUAUGCUAGAAAGUGGAGGAAUUUUGCAAAAGUGCAAAUUUUGUCCAAAUACCUUUGAUAAUUCAGAGGAUGGCAUUAGUCAUGUGUUAUCCCAGCAUAAAACAUUGUUAUUUGCAACAAAGGCACCCCAGAUAUGCCAUAUUUGCAACAAAUCAUUUAUAUCGAGUUUAUCAUACUGUAAACACAUUGUAAAGCAUUAUGGUGAACUUGGCUUGUGGGAUGCCCUGGUGCCCUCUGAAUUAGAUAUAGAAAAUAUUAGAAUGAACUGUUGGAUCUGUAAAACUGCAGGCAUGAAAUAUCAUAGAUAUCAUGUUACUACACGAGAUAAAACCAUUGAGAAGUAUUUAUCAAGUAAAGCAUGUAAAAUGUCAUCUGCAAAAGAAGGAAAAAUUUAUCAUUGUUCUGUUUGUGAAGAAUCAUUUCCUUGUAGGUAUUCAUUUUGGAAUCACAUCAAAGUUCAUCUGUCAAAGUCACCAUUCAAAAAUGCCGAAGGAGGAAAGUACUUUAAAUGUGUUAAAUGUCCAAUGAGGUUUAAGAAAAAAUCAGAACUUUUAGGUCAUUUGGGCAUACAUCUUUUACACUCAGAUACCAAAGAAGAUGAAGGUGAAUUGAAAACCAUAAAUAAGAGUAAAAAUUUCAAAAGAGAUCUGGAAAAUAAGAAUGCCCAAGAUGAUACCAAUGAGGAACAUGACAAGGAUGAGAUUGAAAAUAUUUGGUUGGAAGAGAAUGUAUCAGACUAUAAAGCACUUCCCCAUCGGUGUAAGCGUUGCCAUAAAAGGUUUGCGAAGAAAGAAGAUGCCUUGAAGCAUGUUGUAACUACCCAUAAAUCACUGUUGAAAAUGAUGGGUGAGACUCAUGUUUGUCACAUAUGUGACAAGACAUUUAUGAAACCAAUGGUAUUAUGUGCUCAUUUAUUAAAACAUUACAGUGAACUCAAUAUGUGGGAUGAUCUUGUGCCCAAGAAUUUAUUAGAACAAACCCAAGAUAGAAGAUUUUGUUGGAUUUGUAAAAAUAUGCUUGGUAGGAAAGCCUCAAAGCACAUACACAAGAGGAACAAUUAUAUUGAAAGAGUAUUGUCAAAUAAAUUCAAAGAUCUGGAAACUGAUGAGAAUUUCAAGUGUUCUUUAUGUAAUUAUGCAUGCUCUAAUAGAUAUACAUAUUGGAAGCACAUAAUGCUCCAUAUGUAUAAGGUUCCUAAAAAGCGUAAACAAAAAGAUGUAUUGGCAGAAUCUCCUGGUAAUUCUAAUGAUGUUCAAAAGGACCUUCUUGAAUGUAGUGAAUGCUUGUGUAAAUUUAAAGAAAAAUCUGAAUUGAACAGACAUUUAGCAAGUCAUUUCCUUUUGCCGUUUGUUCAGAUAGAUGGCAAAUGGAAAAGUGACCAUAGUCAAAGUAAAGAUAGUUUAAAUUCUUUGAGUGAGAAUCAUGACAACAAUAAACUACAAACUGUUAGUGCUAAGUAUGUUGAGAAGAAGGGAAAGGAUAAAGUGGAACCACAGUUCAUUAGUUCAAUAAAGAAACGUACUGUAGCUGUCAGAAAGUCAAGGCCAAUAUCCAACAAUGAUACUUUGAAAUGUAUUCGUUGCUUCAAAACAUUUGAAAAUAAUGAAGAAGCUGUAAAACAUGUUCUAUCGUCACACAAAUUUAUGUUGACUCGAAUAGUCAGAGAACCUCUAACUUGCACUGUAUGUGGUGCAGUUUUUAAGAGUGAGUGGUGGCUCUGUAGGCAUAUUUCUAGACAUUAUAGUGAACUUGGUAUGUGGAAUGCUCUAGUCCCUCGAGAUUUACUCAAUAAAAUUAAUCUGAGAAAUCAGUGCUGGAUAUGUAAUUGCAAACUUGAUAAGAAAUAUGCUGAUCAUACUAGUAAGCGAAAUAUACAGAUUGAGAAACUGUUGCUAACUAAAUGUAAAAAGAAAGAAGAUAUAUUUAAUUGUUCAAUAUGUAAUGAUACAUAUCGGAAUAGGCUAGAGUACUGGAAGCACAUCAAGAUUCAUUUAUGCAAACCACCUGUGCAAUAUAGAUCUCUCAAUGAGCUGUUAAGCACUACUUGUAAUAGUGCAGAUGAUAAGGAGAAGGUCCUCGAAUGUAGUGAUUGUUCUUUAAGUUUCAAUGAUGAGCCUGAAUUGUACGCACAUUUGGCUACCCACUUCUUGGAACAUGUAUCUGAGCAAAGUAAUUACAACAGUGAGAGUGAACAAACUGAGGAUGAAAUCUCUGAAACAAAUUUUAGUGAUGAUGAAGAAUGGCUGCCAUCAUCUAAAACCUUUGAAAGGAGGAAAGACAGACACAAUACUAGAGAAUUUAUUUCUAAAAGGGAAGGAGAAAGUUCUCUCUUGGCAAAGAAAGGAUGUGUAAAUGAGGUUAGCAGUAAGGAUAAAGAUAAAAAUGGGUUAAUUGAUGAGGAUAAAAACAAGGUGAAUGAUGAGGCUAAAAGUGAGAGGAAUGAUGAGGGUAAUGUGAAUGAUAAGAAUGAAAGUAGUUGGCUGGAAAAAGUGAAGCCUGCUAAUUCAUUAGGUGAAGAUUCAGACGAUGAGUUAGAAGAAACAUACGAAAUUGGGAUAGAUACAGAUAAUGAUGUUGGGAUUGGUACAGAUAAUGAGGUUGGGAUAUGUACUGAUAAUGAUUUUGAAAUAGGUACAGACAAUGAAUUUGAAAUAGGUACUGAUGAUGAGUUUGAAAUAGGUACAGAUAAUGAGUUUGAGAUAGGUACAGAUGAUGAAAAUGAAAAUUACACACAAUAUUAAAUAGUUAAAAAUAUAUGUCUGCCUUUCUGCUACUGCAUAUCUUAAACAUGUUAUUCCCUAUAGCAAUUUACCUUCCUAGGAUGACCAGACAUAGAAGCAUUCCACAAUAUUUCUAAAGAUUAUAAUUGUCACAAAAAUGCUUUGAGUGUAAGACUUAACUGCAGCACAAAACAUACUUUAGAAAGAAUGUUUCACACUGGCUUAGAUAUUGUACUUGCCAUUUGCAUGCACUGAGAGACAAGCAUAUUUUUUUUUUAAUGAACUAGAUCCCCAGCAAGGGCAAGUUGUAUACUGUGCAGGGACUGGAACACUUUACAUGUCAACCAUUCAAGGGUUAGUCAUUACUACAGAUAUGUUGAGACUGGAUAGUACUGUAUACUGUAUAUCCUUCAUUUGGCUGCUUGUUCCUGAACCAGUUGGGCUUUUUGCACCAAAUUGGUGAGGAUUUCAUUAUACUCUUAAGAAUGAACUUGAAAUGAAUUCCAGUACCAAUUAAUUAUUUCUCCUCUUUAAUGUUCAAAUGUGGGUCUAGUGCGCUGUUAAGGAAGCGCGAUAACCACUCCAACUGUUACCUUGAUGUUAAGUUGCCUCAAAAUCUAUUAACAGUAAAGCCAAAACAGGGAAAUCUGUAAAAGAAAUUUGAUAAUCAUAUUCAUGGAAAGGGAAUCUGUGGCAUUUGAAAGUUGCUCUUAAACUUGGUGAUGUUAUAUAGUGAAUUAGGCCAAAGCAAUAGUGGGAGAAGGGCCAUACAUAUAUCCAUUUACAAAAUACAUUUUCACUACAUCAGGAAAAACUUUCAAGCACCUCAUUUAAAUAGGAUUGUUUAUUGUAUUCCAUUCCUCAUGACCUUAUAAAACCUUUCACUUGUGUGUAUACUGUCACUUCACAUUUCCCAUCCAGAUUGCUAGUUGCCCUCCCAUCAUCUUGCUAAAUCAACAUGCACUAAAUCAUGGAAAUGCUGACUGCAGUCCUAAUGGUCAUUAUUGUCUCCACAAAAAUAUAGUACAGCAUACUUUAUGCUGUAUAUAACUAUUUAUCUUUUCUUUUAAUUCCGGGGAUUCGAUCCCUGGACCUCAAUGGUGAGAGUCACGCCUCUCACCACCGGACUACGACUAUUGAUAUAUAGCACUAUUAGGAUAAUUUUCAGUGUUAUGUGAGUACUAGUAACAUGCUAAGGUAACAUUCCACUCUGUAAAGCAGAGUAGGACCUUUUCAAGUAUUGUAAAUGAUUUACUGAUGAUAAAUUAAUUUACACACAAACACUCAUUUUUUCAUAUUCUUAUAGACAGAAUGUACAGUAAUGAAGGAUUGCACUUUGGAACAACCUCAUCUUUCAUCUCUUGUGUAUCUUAGUUAAAUGAAGGUUGAUAAUGUUACUGGGUAGUGUAGCUCCCUGUGUCAGUUAUAAAAUUGUUUUUCUAGGGUAUCAUACUGCUGUUCUAAUAAGUUUUUUCAGUUCCACAUGAUGCUUUGGGUAAUCUUAACUAAAAACAAAACACUAGACCUUAUUCAAAGUAUGCCAAAUUGAUUUUUUUUUUUUCACAAGUGUCUCAUUCUUCACUGUGUCAGUUUUCUAAACCAUUACAUCACAAAGCAAAGUGAUAAUGUGAAUGAAAAUAGAGAAGAUAACCACAGAGAGUCUAUCAUAUGGUAUGUGUCCAGAGACUUAUGACUAUUCCUCCCCCACACCAAAACAAUGGCAUUGCCCAAGGAGUGGAGGGAUCCUCCGUAAUGGUAAUGUGCUCCACUAAUUUUGCCCUGGUACACCUUAAUGGUAAUGGUGUGUUACUGUUGGAAAUGAAAAAUUAAAUUUAAAAUGCAAAAUUUUAUUUUGCCAACUAUGAUCGUGUGAUGUAUGAGAGUUUAUUCUCAUAAACGCUUAAAGAUAUGCACAAUUCUAAUUUGUUGUGUAGAGAAAUUUAAUUUCUUAAUUUUUUUCAAGUAUUUUUGUUUUUCAUGAAGGUGUUACUUCAUUGCUAACCUCUUACAUCUGAUGUCUCUCUAGUAUGUACAGUGGACCCCCGGUUAACGAUAUUUUUUCAAUCCAGAAGUAUGUUCAGUUGCCAGUACUGACCGAAUUUGUUCCCAUAAGGAAUAUUGUGAAGUAGAUUAGUCCAUUUCAGACCCCCAAACAUACACGUACAAACGCACUUACAUAAAUACACUUACAUAAUUGGUCGCAUUCGGAGGUGAUCGUUAUGCGGGGGUCCACUGUAUUCUGUUUGAGGCAUGUCCAACAACCACUGUUUUCCCCAUUUUUAAUUUAAGUAGGUAUCCAUAUUUCGUUUUAAUUUCCAUUUAUAAGUAAAUCUAGGUAUGUUUGAUAUAGAUUCAGAAAAACCUUGAUCAUAAAAUCAUAUCAAGGAAAAAAAGUUGCUAAAAGAACCAUGCUACACGACUGAGAAGCAUUUUCUAAUAUAGUUGCUGCAUAUUUUUUAAAUCGAUAGUACUGAACAUACAGUAUUACUGUAUAAAGUAACUAAAAUAUGUGGUUUUUUAUUUGCAAAGAGAAAAUUUCCUUGGUCCCUUUUUGUUUUAUGUAAAGUGCUUACAGUGGUGACCAAAUCCAAUUGAAAUUUACUAAAUGAUAAGUUAUGAAUGACAAUAUACAGUAUUAUCAGUAAGUAAAUUUUGAGAAAAUAUUUAAAAUGGCAAAACCUGUGAUAAGUUUAUUAACAUGCAAAUAUUAAAUACAGUUAAAGUACUAUAAUCUUUAGGUUUCACGUAAUGUGCUCCAUCUCUUCAGCAGCCUUGGUACUAUAUGUGAACAAAUACCAUAGUAGCAUUUCGUAGUUUUUUUUUUUCACUGCAUUAAAAAUGAUUUGUGAAUCUUUGUAAAUGUUCAUUAUAGUACUUAUAUUAUUUUUACCAAUUCCCCAAAUUUGCAUCCUUUUAUUAUACUGUAGUAUUAUUGUGUAUGCCUGAGUUCACAUGUAUGUAUGUGUGUGUGUGUGUGUGUCACAGUGGGAGCAUGUUAAAUAUAAAUAUAUAUUCGUAUAUGUGUGUGUGUG